UUCUAGGGACAGGCUGCUGCCAUGUCUUCUAAGGUCGUUCCUUUUUAUCAAAAGAGGCACAAGCAUUAUGACCACACUUACCGCGAUCUUCAAAGCAGAUAUGUAGUUCAAGAAUAUUCAUUACAAAAGACACAGGAGCAACGUUCUGAGCAGCAUGCUGAGCAACACUCUGAACAUAGGUCUCAGAGGCAACAAAGAAGUUAUGACCGUAGUGUUCACUAUGCCACAGAACUUUCCUUCUUGGAAGAAGACAUUCGUGUCGCACGGGCCUUGGCAAGAGAACAGAUCGAUAAACUGUCCAUUCAAAGGAUUGUUGAUGAAAAGUUGGCAUUACAGAGGCAAAUCCAUGAAGAAUGUGUAAGCCGUGCCCCAGAUAUAUUGGUCCGUCUCAGAUCACAUACUGUUUGGGAAGGCAUGCCUGUGAAGCUUUUCUUUACUGUUCAAGGAUAUCCGACACCUCUUGUACAGUGGUAUAAGAAUGAAACUUUGAUUAGCCCAGCAAGUGAACCAGGAAAGUACAGAAUUGAAAGCAAAUAUGGAGUAAAUAGCUUGGAAAUAUACAGAACUAAUACAAACGACACCGCUACAUACAGCGCAGUUGCAAGGAAUGUUCAUGGACAGUCAUCGACCAAUGCUGCUGUGAUCGUGAAAAGGUUCCGAUCAGAAGAUGAACCCCUUCAUCCUGGUUUGUUGCCUCACUUGCCUUUGACAGCAGCAAUUUCUUUCACCCACAUUGAGGUGAAGUUCCUGGAAACAUUUGGCGUAACAUUUGGAGUGGAAGGUGAAACACUUACUUUGUCUUGCUCUAUGCUUUUAACGCCCGACAUCAGCAGACUACGACCUGAAGCGCAGUGGUACAGAGACGAUGUCCUGAUAAAAGAAACCAAGUGGCACCAGCUGCAUUUUGGAGAGGGACGUGCUUCCCUGACAUUGACACAUCUGAAUAAGGAUGAUGAAGGAUUGUAUACUGUAAGAAUGGUCACCAGAGGAGGAGUCAAUCAGCACAGUGGAUUUCUGUUUGUAGCGGAUGCUGCAGCUUUGGUUGCAGGGGCACCAGGUGCUCCAAUGGAUGUGGAAUGCUAUGAUGCAAACAAAGAUUACGUGAUUGUCACUUGGAAGCCACCAAACACAGCCAGCGAAGCUCCAGUGAUUGGAUACUUUGUUGAUAAAUGUGAAGUUGGAACUGACAACUGGAUCCAGUGCAAUGAUUCUCCUGUUAAGAUCUGCAAAUAUCCUGUGACUGGCCUGUAUGAAGGACGAUCCUACUUCUUCCGUGUCCGAGCAGUUAACAAAGCUGGUGUCAGUAGACCAUCAAGGGUUUCAGUUGCUGUUGCAGCUAUGGACCCAGCUGACCUAUCACGAUUUCAAACAAUCCAUCUGGAUGGAGGACGAGAUAUUGUCAUCUGUCAGGAUGACCUGGAAGGUGAAGUUAAAAUUCCUGGACCACCCACCAAUGUCCAAGCACUGGAAACCAGUAAAACAUAUAUUGUUCUUAGCUGGGAACCACCUGUUCCCCGUGGCAAAGAUCAACUGGUUUAUUACAUUGAGAAGACCCAGGUUGGCAGUGGGAGCUGGCAAAGAGUCAACUCUGACAUCCCAGUAAGAUCCCCACGCUAUGCAGUAUUUGAUUUAGUAGAAGGAAAAUCAUAUAACUUCAGAGUCAUCGCCGUCAACAAACAUGGUGUCAGUGAGCCUUCUGAAGUAACCCCGCCAAUACAAGCACAGGAGCGCCUAGCUGUGCCAUCUGCUCCUGGUCGUAUACUGGCAUCUAGAAACACGAGAACUUCAGUUGUUGUACAGUUUGAUAGAGCCAAGGUAGAAGAAGAAUUAAUGGGUUACUAUAUAGACUCAUCUGUGGUGGGCUCCAAUCACUGGGACCAUUGCAAUCACAAGCCCAUUAAGUAUAACAGAUUCGUAGUUCAUGGUCUAACAACUGGAGAACAGUAUAUUUUCCGUGUGAAGGCUGUUAAUGCUGUCGGUGUCAGUGAGAAUUCUCAAGAAUCUGAAGCCAUAACCGUUAAAGCAGCUCUAACAACUCCUUCACAUCCAUAUGGAAUAACCCUUCUAAAUUGUGAUGGCCAAUCCCUGACCAUAGGCUGGAAGUUACCCAAAUUUACUGGAGGAGCCAAUAUCACUGGAUAUUAUAUUGAUAAGCGAGAGGCUAAUCAUUUGAAUUGGCAUGAAGUGAACGGUAAACAAGUUCUAGAAAGAAUCUAUAAGGUUGAGAACCUUGAGGAAGGUGCAUUCUAUGAAUUCAGGAUUACUGCAAGUAACCUUGCUGGUCUUGGCCUUCCUUCUGAUCCUAGCGAACACUUUAAGUGUGAGGCUUGGACAUCUCCUGAGCCGGGACCAGCAUUUGAUCUUACAUUCUGUGAGGUCAGGAGUAGCUCACUUGUGAUACUCUGGAAAGAACCUAUUUAUUCAGGAAGUAGCGCUGUUGUGGGAUAUCUUGUGGAAUACAGAGAAAUGGAUGGAGAGCAAUGGACAAGGGUGAAUGAAACCGCAACAGCCAACCGGUACCUAAAGGUCAAGGAACUGGAAGAAGGCAAAACAUAUGUUUUCCAAAUCCGUGCUGUGAAUGCAUCAGGCAUUGGUAAACCAUCUGACAUUUCAGAGCCGGUACUUGUUCAGGCAAGGCCAGGUGUUGAGGAGAUUACUACAGGAGUUGAUGAAGAAGGAAACAUUUAUCUUGCUUACAACUGUUCUGAGAUUUCCGAAGCUUCUCAGUUUACAUGGUGCAAAGCCUACGAGGAAAUCACUGAUGAAGAAAAGUUCAAGGCAGAAUCUAUUGGAGAACACUCCAAACUAUACUUUAAGAACCCAGACAAGGAUGACUUGGGGACAUACUCAGUGGCAGUUAGUGAUACUGAUGGCAUUUCAUCCAGUUAUGUGCUAGAUGCAGAUGAACUUGAACGUCUGAUGACUCUAAGCCAUGAAAUUAGAAAUCCCACUAUACCGCUGAAGUCAGAACUGGCUUAUGAGAUUUUGGAGAAAGGCCGAGUGCGCUUCUGGCUGGAAGCCCACAACUUGUCUGCAGAUUCAAGCUUUAGGUUUGUUGCGAAUGAUGUGGAGAUUAAAGACAGUGAGAGCCAUCGCAUUAAAAUUGAUAGAGCUGCUGGCAUUAUUGAGAUGGUAAUGGACAGAUUUACAGUAGAAAAUGAGGGUACCUAUACAGUACAGAUCCAGGAUGGUAAAGCCAAGAACCAGUCUUCAUUAGUUCUCAUCGGAGAUGCUUUCAAGGCACUUCUGGCUGAAGCUGAAUUCCAGAGAAAGGAAUAUAUCAGGAAACAAGGUCCUCAUUUCCUGGAAUAUUUGUAUUGGGAUGUUACAGAGGAAUGUGAAGUUUUGCUUGUUUGCAAGGUAGCAAACACAAAGAAGGAAACAGUAUUUAAGUGGUAUAAGGAUGAGAUACCAGUCGAAGCCCUGGAUGUUCCAGAUCUGCAGCAAGGAGUGUGCAUAUUCCGCAUUCCUAAGCUGACUAAAAAAGAUCAAGGUGAAUAUAAGGCUUCACUGAAAGAUGAUAGAGGCCAAGAUGUAUCUAUUCUUGAACUCUCUGGAAAAGUUUACGAAGAUAUUGUCCUAGGAAUGAGCAAAGUCAGCGGAACAUCUGCUUCCGAGCUUAAGAUCCAAUGCACACCUGAAGGAAUACGAUUCCAUUGUUACAUGAAGUACUUCUCUGAAGAAAUGAAAGUCACGUGGUACCAGAGGGAAUCAAAGAUUUCUUCAAGUGAGAAGAUGAGAAUAGGAGGCACAGAUGAAUUUGCCUGGUUGCAGAUUUGUGAACCCACAGAAAAGGACAAGGGAAAAUACACAUUUGAAAUAUUUGAUGCCAAAUCUUCCUACAAGAGAACUGUUGAUUUAUCAGGACAAGCUUUUGAUGAAGCCUUUGCUGAAUUCCAGAGACUCAAGGCUGCAGCCUUUGCAGAAAAGAAUCGUGGUAAAGUAAUUGGUGGAUUGCCUGAUGUGGUAACUAUAAUGGAAGGCAAGACAUUAAGUCUGACCUGCACAGUCUUUGGAAACCCUGAUCCUGAAGUGACAUGGCUGAAGAAUGACAGGGCUCUGGAGAUAACCGACCAUUUUACUUCCUCUCUGGAACAAGGCAAAUUCGCAAGUCUCACAAUAAAGGAUGUUUCUUCUGAGGACUCUGGAAAAUAUGGCAUCAACGUUAAGAACAAAUAUGGUGGUGAAACAGUCGAUAUCACCGUAAGUGUAUACAAAUAUGGUGAAGAUUUACCUGAAGUAAAACCUGGCCAGCUUCCUAAAACUGCACCUUCACCUGCUCCUGCACCUGCUAAAGCACCUACCCCUGCACCAGCACCUUCACCUGAAAAACCCAAAUCUGCUCCCAAAGCAGGGCGGUCUGCAAGAAAGUAGUUGUAGCAAUUUAGCAAACUGUGAGAUGAGACAUUUAUGACAAAGUAGAGUAAAGAUAAAGUGGAGGUGUUAACCGUGGUAGUGUUACCCAGUAUACCCAGUAGAUUCAAAAAUGUCAUCUCCAUUUUAUCUUUGCACUAUUUUCCAUAAAUAAGCCCCAAUAUGAUGCAAGAAGAUUUCACCCCUGUUGAUAAAUGCUAGCUUUGCUUAGUAUGCGUGAAUAUAGAACAAUAAUAGACAGUGAGUGUAUGUCUUAGUACAGGUAUGUAUGAAGGCAUUUCAUAUACGCCCCUUUUAAUCCCUUUCUCCAAAGGGACAAAAUACACCUUGAAUUUCUUUCUCAUAUCUUUUAAACUAAACUAACGCUGUUCAGAACAAGUUUAAUUGGGAAUAAAAGAGGAAUAGAUUAAUGUUCCUCUAAUCCCUGUUAAUUGUGUGUUUGGCUCUUGAUACAUUUGGAUUAUAAAAUACAUGACUUACCUUUCAAUUGCCAAACUGCUAUGGAUUUGAUUUAUGAAGUCAUAACACAAUGCUUUUCUAGCCCUGAUAGAACUUGCUGUGGAAAAAAAAUAUAGCUGGCAGGAAAUAAAUCCUGACCCUUUGGAGGUAGUUUAAAAAGUUUUGUAUUUUACCGACAUCAACAAUGCAGCCGGAGAAAAACAAGCAUCAACUUAAUUACAAUGCCGUUCGUACGAAACUUUAUAAUCUCUUCCUCCGCCACCCAAUGUGUAUGUGGAUUUAAUUCAAAGGUUUAAUUUAUUCUUAUCUGGUCUUAGUGUAAUAUAAAGCAAUGAAAAGCAGCACAUAGCUUCCCUGGAUUUUAGGAGAAACAAGCAUAGCCCAUAGCUAAGAUUACCAGAUGUGUUAUUGUCAUAUCAAUGAGUGCAAAUAUCAGAUUAUGUGUAUAUAUGCAUCAUUGGAAAUGACACCUUCCCCUGUAAUACUGGUAUCAUUUUGGCCAUAUUGGAAUCACCUAAUGUUGUUUUCCCUGCUUUGUGCUAAUAAACUUAAUAAG